AUACAGUACCACAAAGUACUCCAACCCCUUCCAGAAAUUAACACGUCGUUGAUCAGGCGAUUAUCGGCACGACCACAGUUGGAGACGCUGCAAAAGGCGGGCGACAAUGAUGGCAAAGACAAUGAAAACGGAGACGAGAACGGGACAAAAGUAAGCGUUAUUGAGUGGAGUUUAAAUCAUUUCGGCAUCGUUUUACAGGAGCCAUCAGUUGAAUUGGAGGAAGACCAGCAAGAUGAAUCUUCUGCUAGUGACAAGCCAAUGUCAGAAAGCCGCGAAGAAGCUAAGGAAGAAGAGAAGAAAGAUAAUGAAAUGAAGAAGAAGAAAGGACCAGAUAAUCAAACCUUAUUACGAUUGCUUGAACAAGGCGAACAGUUGCAUAGCAUGUUUCGUUGUGCAAGAAUACAGGUAAGUAUUGCUAUUUUUUUCGCAUUUUUGUACGCGCUGAAUAAAUUUUUUCGGGGAUUGGAAACUUCUGAAGGGUUGUUGCUAUUUGGGAGAGAGCAUUACUAUGUGGUUGAUGGCUUCACGCUGCUCAAGACUAGAGAAAUAAGAGAUUUAGACUUUUUGAGCCAAGAGCUUCAUGAUCCUAUCGUCCCUUAUACGGCCACCGGAGCAACACAUCCUCCUAGAUCAUCAAGGCUGUGUAGCAAGUUUAGUUACGAGGAUAUCAGGGAAGUGCAUAAGAGAAGAUAUCUGCUACAACCGAUUGCUCUGGAAGUGUUCAGCGCAGAUGGAAGGAACUACCUGCUAGCAUUUCCCAAGAAGAUGAGAGAUCGUGUGUACGAAAAGCUGCUUUCGAUGGCCAAAGGACUCACAUCGGGUGGUACUGAUUCUGUUGGUGGACAGAAAGCCAACAUGGCAAUUGAGCAAAGCGGCAGAGCGUCUUUAAUAAAUUCUAUCAUUGGACAACAAUCUGUGACGCAGCGUUGGUUGAAUGGACAAAUCACUAACUUCCAAUAUUUGAUUCAUCUGAACACGUUAGCUGGGCGAUCCUACAACGAUUUGUCGCAGUAUCCCAUAUUGCCAUGGGUGCUUGCCGACUACACAUCGUCAACACUGGACUUCACCAAUCCAAAAACUUUUCGUGACUUAUCAAAGCCAAUGGGAGCACAACACCCGCAAAGACUCGAGCAGUUCUUGAAAAGAUAUCGUGAGUGGGAUGAUCCAACAGGAGAAACUCCACCUUAUAUGUAUGGAACGCAUUACUCUUCGGCUAUGAUUGUUGUUUCGUAUUUGGUCCGGUUGGAACCGUUCACUCAGCAGUUUUUAAGCCUACAGGGCGGUCACUUUGAUUUGGCAGACAGGAUGUUUCAUAGCAUAGGUGAUGCAUGGACGAGUGCUAGUAGAAAUAACAUGGCGGACGUGAAGGAGUUGAUCCCGGAGUUUUUCGUACUUCCAGAGUUAUUGCUUGUAAGCCCUGAAUAUAUCGUUCUCUUUCGGCUUUUUCUAAUUUUUCUUCGUAUUUACCUUGGUUCCAUAUUUGCCUUUCAA